AUGGUGGCUCAAGUGUCCAGGGCUCUGGGAGAUCAUGUGUUUCUGAGAGUCACUCCUAUGACAGGUGUAGGACGUGCGUUGAAGUCUAAGAAGUUGACUCCUAAGUUUAUUGGUCCGUAUCAGAUAUCUGAGAGGGUUGGAACAGUGGCAUACAGAGUGGGUUUGCCACCACAUCUUUCGAAUUUGCAUGAUGUGUUUCAUGUGUCGCAACUUCGGAAGUAUGUAGCGGAUCCUUCGCAUGUUAUUUCGAGAGAUGAUGUGCAGGUUAGAGACAACCUUACAGUUGAGACCUUACCAUUGAGAAUCGAAGACCGUGAGGUGAAGAAGUUGAGAGGCAAGUAUAUACCUCUAGUGAAGGUUGUUUGGGGAGGAGUAACUGGUGAAAGUUUGACUUGGGAGCUGGAGAGCAAGAUGCGGGAGUCUUAUCCAGAG